UAUUUUCAGUUCCCUGCAUCGGCUCCCGUCGAUAUGGAAGUAGCCAAAGUUUGCAUUGUUGCAUUUCUUUGUAUUACUCAUGACGCUUUUUCUUAUAUUACCUAGAGUUUGUUUCUUGUGAAAAGAUGGUAUAAAGCAACAGUAAUAUUGUCGAUGACAUAAAGCAACUGUAAUAAUUAUUGUCAACACACAAGAUUGGGGGAAAAAAAUGAUCCAGCAAGUGUCUAACGUGUCUACAGGAAUGACAGAAUAAAAUGAACCAGAGAAAUCCAAAAGAGAGAUUCAACGAAACUGAAGGAAGGCUGGCAGUUGACGACGUUCAUUUUCCAAACCCAAGCAAUCAAAAUGUGCAAAAUAAUACAAUCCUUUUAGUAAGAAAAGAAAUGUCAUGUUUUAGUGAACACAGUCCACAGUGGCUAAAGGAAACAAAACAGUGCACAGGAAGAUCAAACAAACAAACAAAUAAACAAAUGCGAUGCCACAAUUCACCGACGCCGCCACAUCCAUCUGUUCCUAUUGGUCUCCUCCUCCCCCUCACAUUCAGCAAACAGUCAUUGCUAAGACGCUUAUUUUUCUUUUUCUUUUCUUUUCACCCCCGCACAGAGUAGCAUCUCCGGAAGAACUCAUACGAUGACCCACCCAAGUGAGCACUUCCAGUGAUGAAUCAGCGACGGCUACAUCUUCAAUCUGAACCGCACGCACAUUCGCUCGUUCCUACAAGAGAACAAGCGACCUUCCACGGGCAACGGACAAAACAGGCACUUUGAGUAGAGACAGGUAGCUUUCCCUCCCGAAGUCAUUUGCAGUCACCGGAAGGAAACAUGGAAGGAAGCCGCGCUACCCAUCUGAUACAGGUCAUUACCGUUCUGGCCAUCAGAACAACUCAACAAAUGUCGCCGAUUCGACCUGACUUACAGGAAAGAUUAUGGAUACAGUCUCACUCUGGAUUCAAAGAGUGGGCUUUGACUGUUGGACGCUGCCACCAACACCUAAAACCACGACAUGGUCACCAGAAUCGAGAGGCGGAGAAGGAGGAGGAGGAGGAGGAGGUGUUACGACACGAGGGAGACAAAUGCCAAAAUGAACCUCAGCUCAUCCAACGCCAGGGGACACUACCAGAGGGAAAGUCAUCCAGCAGUUGGAGCUACAAUCAUGGAAUCAUAAUGUCUGUAUUCCAUCCCAGAUUAGGAAACCGCAUAUUCAACAAGGUUUUUCCCCUCUGGCUUUACUGGGCACACUGGGCAGAUCUCCAAUGGCACCUUCAAAGGGUCACCCCUGGACACCUAGUCAUACUGAGCCUAGCUAUCACUGGUGCUUCAGGUAUUCGGAAUGCAACCGAGACCCUUCAAGAAAUGGGAUCUUUGUUAGCAGAACACCUCACUCCAGGAGCACACUGGUCUUGGGUGUUCAUCAAAGGAGGGCGUACAAUUUCUGAAGUGGGGGUCCUGCACAGUCAAGGAGAUGCACAUCUCCAUACACAGCUUUCUCUUCAAGAGUCACCAUACCCUACCGCCAGCAACACAUUGGAAAAAUCCCGCUGGUCUUACUGUGAGACAGUAGGAGGAAUGGGGGAAUUAUGCGAUGAAUAUAACCCUUCCUUCUUACCUAUUCCAGAAGCUCCUCACUUGGAUAAAACUGCAAUGGACAUGCUGUCCAAAGUGCCUGUUAUCAUCACAGCGGGAAACAGACAGCAAUAUCUUUAUUAUACAUUAACCAGUUUAUUAGCAGCCCACGGCUCGAAGAAAAGCAACGUCCUCGUAGUGGUGGGCGGCAAACCCCAUUUAACACUAAGACUCUUGGAUUUACUUUCUUUGGAAUACGUUUCUCUUCCUCUAAAAGGCAACAGAAACUUGCAUCUCUUCAACUACUAUCGCCAGGUCUUCCUUCUAGUGAGCCAAAAGUUUGCUCAUGCACCGGCAGCCAUUUUCCUGGAUGAAGAUGUCGAAGUUUCAAAAGACUUCUUUUCCUAUAUGAGUCAAACACUGGCACUACUCUACAAUGACCCAACUUUGUAUUGCUCCAAUGGAUUUUCUGCCUCAAGUGGAACUCGAAAAUUUACAGACGAAACCACGAUACGGCGCGGAUCCGUUCAGGUUGAAUGGGGCUAUGCAGUGACCAUGGAAUUCAUCAAAGAGAUUCUGUCCACGUGGAAAAUGAAAGAAACCAACACUCUUCUAUACGACUACCACAUCUACUUGAACAUUAGAGGGGACAGGGAGUGUCUAUUUCCAGAGCAGAGUCGAACUCGGCACUAUGGAAUGGGUAUUAACACAGCAGCAGAACUGAUGGAACACCACAACUUCGACAGCAACUUGGUGCAAAGGGCACCCAUUCGCCUGCAAAACGUGAAUAAGCUGGAAAUAAACCAGUGGCGUUCCGAUUUAUCGAUGAAAAUCCACCGUGCCACGCCACUCGUCAAAAACCCGUGUGACGGUGACUUUUUGCCCGAGGCACCUCUCAAUUCCAGCUACGUUUUUUAUUACAGACUUGAUCACUCUGCUGUUGAUGGGCAGACUCCAGAUCAAUAUCAGUAUUUCCAUACAAACAACUGCCUGGGUCUUUGGGCGGCGUCAGAACAAGGUCAUCACGAGGGAGUCACCAUCCUCCGCUUCGCCAAAGAAGCCUCUCUGUAUCUGGUGGGUGUCCCUUACUCCAGCUAUUCACAUCUGAAACCUUUUCACAUUCCUCUCUGGGAUGUGGACACCAUUACAGAUACCGAAUUCUUCAAGAUGCAGAAUACUACAAUACACAAAAUGGACAUAAAAAACUCCAACACUACUACAGAAGAUGUUUUACACAAAUUUGUGAUAGUCAAAUGGUAAAGCAAAUUCUGUAUGGCAUCAUUCAUUCCAUGUUUCACUUCAAAAAGCUUGGUAAUCGAAUAUAAUCACAGCUGUGAAUAAAAUUAACAUUGAAGUAUACCAGUGAUUCUUUCUCCAUAACUAUAGGGGAAGACCCUACCAGCCAUGUUUGUGUCAAAACCCUUCUCGGAUAUAUG